AUGAAGUCGACUUGCCUGCUCUUCCUGGCUUGUGUCCUGCUUUGCAACUUGAUGAUGGCGUGCAGGGCGCAAAGCAUCUCAGCUGAGGAAGAACUGGAACCGAACACCGUGGACGACCUCCUUCUGCAAAGAGCCCAGAACCUCCUGCUGCUGCGCUCCAUCCUGACAAACAUGCCGGACCAAGACGGUGAGCAAAACAAACUGGAACCGAACAGAAUUCAAAGCGCAUGGAUGAUCAAGCGCCAGCAUCCGGGCAAGAGGUCCAGCGAGGAUGUGGAUGAUGACGGUGACGAAGACUACUUGGAAGUUGAGAGGAGGCAGCACCCGGGAAAGCGCUCGACGGCAGAGCACGUUUGGGAGCCACCAGUCGCGCGGCUGGCCGAAGCUUCCAAGCGGCAGCACCCCGGCAAGCGCUACUCUGAGGUGCCACGUAGCCGGCGGCAGCACCCCGGCAAGCGGCGGCUGGACGACGACGAUAUGGAUGAGGACGACGAGGACCUCCCGCUCCUGGACAAGCGCCAGCACCCCGGGAAACGCUUUUGGGGCGCUUCACAAUUAGCCGCCACAGGUCCAUGUGAAGACGUCUCGGACCCCGUAAUGUGUGCCAAGACCAAUCUGCUGGUCGACUUUUUCGACGCGAAGCAUGGCGACAAGAAGAGACAACACCCGGGCAGGCGGUUUGCGUCUGACCUGCGCGGAGAAUAG